AUGGCUUCUUCUAACAAGUCUCAAACUCCGCUUUACGACUUGCCCGAGGAGAUAUUCCAGCAGAUUAUCUCCCAUAUCACGGAGCCAGAUGAAUACUUUCACCUCGCAGCCACCAGCAAGGCCAUGAUGAACAAGUUGAACCCGCGCCGUGAGGUCUUAGUCCUCGAGACCAAGAAGUUCCACGAGUACAUCUUGCAAUUUCCGCCGAUUAUUAGGCGGAUCCGCUUAGUCGUCUUUCCGUACAACUCUAUCAUGAAUUGGGCACUUCGCACCAAGCAACCCAUGGAUAUUCUUUGGAACGUCGUCCAGGACUACCUGGCGUAUGCUCCCUAUGUCAUUUAUGGUAAGCCGGAGUGGGGACUUAGGCCUGUUUGGUGUUAUGCUCUUCUAUUCAACAAUAUGGAUGCCUUGCAUUUGUUGAUAGACGCCGGUCUUGCACCCUAAAGUGUACGUCCUCUUUUCUUUUUCUGUAAGUUACUUGAUACUUGUCUCUUCUACAGGUCGCGAAAUUUAGCUCCUCCUUAGACCACUAGGUAUGUUAGCACCUAGAAUAAGCCUGGAGAGAUAGA